AUGGAAAUUUAAAAUAUUAUUUAGUAAUUUGAAAGAAGUUAAGCUGUUAAUCCUGAAGUGUUCAUUUCUGAUACAGCAGAAUAAGUUACUAUAAGUGCUUUAACAUUAAUCAAAAUGCUUAAAGUUAAAUUCUAAGAUAAUAAUCUAUCAGCAUGUUCGAGCAGAAAUUCAUUUUGAAGUUAUGGGUUUAUUAUUUGGAGACAUCGUUGACGAUUAUCACAUUAGAGUUUAUAAUAUUUUUUUCAAUGUCUUAAACAGCAAGCCGUGUUUAAGUGAAAUUUAUGGAUCCAUUUAUUUAAUAAAAGAUGGUUCUUAUCAACUUUAUAAAUAAAAUAAUUUUUUUUUCUUUUGUUAUAAUAAUGAAUAAAAAUAAUAAAUUUUAAUAUGUACUCAAUAAUCUUAUUAAUAGUUAAAUAAAAAAUAGAUCGGUGUUGUUAUCGAUCCAAUACAAUCAUUUAGAGGGAAAGUUUUCAUCGAUAUCAUUCAGAUAAAUUCCUUAUUAAAUUUACUUAGCUGUAAGAAUCAAGAUAAACUAUAUCAAAAAUACAGGACAUCUUUAAAAAUACGUUUUAGAAGUAUUGUUAAGGGGAUUGAAUAGUUAUUAUUAUUCAAUUAACAUUAAAUUUAAACACAAUAAUUUAAAAUACAAAAUACUUUAAAAUUGAUAUAAGGUUUGUUAGAGAGAAAGUUUAUAGUAAUUAUUUAAUAUUAAAUUAUUACUAGAUGUAAGUCUUUUAAUAAAAAUAGUAAUAACAAUGAAAUUUUAUUUUAGAUAGGAGAGAUUAAUAUUAGAAUAUCAAACAAACCGGUAUUAAUACUUUAUAAUUAAAAUAUAGUUGAAAAAUAAAAAAAAGGAGAAUAAGAAACAAAGAUAAAAAGGAUCCAAAGAGUCAUCUUGA